AUGGCCACACAAUCUAGCACAGGCUCCAGCGGAGCUCGAGAGCAUGGCGCAUCGAACUCGGACGCGUCUUGCGAUGUGGGAGAUGGUAGAAGAGUACAUUUCGCACCGCUCGCCGUCAAUCAGAAUCAAAAACGCAAUAACCUCGAGACGACGAAACCAUCGCCGGGAUGGAUCGAGCGGCGCAAAUUGAACUAUAGGCUGAGCAAAGCAGCAAAAGAUGUUGAUACAGACAGCGUCAUCGUUCAACUUCGAGAUGGCGCCGACGUAGACUAUGCUGACGAUGACGUCUGGACUGCAUUUCGUUACUUCGUGAAUGCUGGCCGUGCCGAAGGUGUACAAAUGCUAAUUGAAGCCGGGAGCGACGUCAACGCCUGUGCGACGCAGAGUAACAAGGAUUCGCCGUUUCCGAACGGACACCCCAUCUUCCCGCUCUGUUUGGCGGCGUAUGUCGGUGCUGCUGAAGUCAUGCCGGCGCUUGUAAUGGCCCCGGGUAUCCGACUCGAGCAGGAAACUAAAGACGCCUGGACGGCGAUAAUCUACGCUGUCAACUCCGGACACACUGAAUGCGUAAAAGUGCUUAUCAACGCCGGCGCUGAUGUCAACCACGAGUUCUCGAAUACCUCUCCGCUUUAUCUGGCCGUCGAAAAGAACUACCCCGAUAUUGUGCGCGCGCUACUCUCCGCUCCUACAAUCGACCUGGAGCAGUCGAAUCGUGUAUCGCGGCGCGAAGUUUCCAUGAGAGGUCACCACGAGAUCGUGAAGCUUCUCUUGGAUCGGGGGCACAAGAUCAACGCAGCCAGGGCAACACCGCCCUGCAUCUGGCCGCAAAGGAAGGACGAGCAUCAGUGGUGCGCGUACUAUUAUCAACACCAGAUGUUGACGUACACGCUCGAGGCGAAUGGGGUUGGACAGUUCUACAUCGUGCAGUCCACUCUCGUGACUCGGAGACACUUGCUCUGA